AUGGCCAUGCUUGGAGGACUUGCUUUAUGUGGCGCCACUGCCACAACAUGUUACCACUGGGGCCAUGAUAUCAAAGGAAAAGUUGAACAUUUUAACAGUAUUACCCGUGUGAUCGACUUAAAAUGGUUAGAUGAUUUGCUUAAAGAAAAAACCACGAAUCUCCUUGUUUUGGUAUCCGGAAGAGUUGCUUCUGCGGCACCUUUUAUAUGCAAAUUUAAUGGUCCUUUGGGUUUGGGUGUUGUUUUUGAGGAUAAGGUGAUCUGUGGGCACGCUCUUAAUGUUGGUACCUCCUUGACUUUUGUUGGUGAGGCUGUUAGAGACAAAGCUGGUAAUCUCAUGAUUCAAAAAUCCGAGGAACAGCGUUUAAUGGUCUUCAGUGAAGAGGGCUCCUUUGAUAAAAUGGUUGAAAACAUGAAGUCAGAUUCAGAGUUUUAUAUUUUCUACUCGAAGAUCUUUGGAACUAUUGCUGUGGCUAUAGUGGUCAUGUAUGGUGUGGAUUUUGUGAGAAAGGUUGUGUUACCAUACGUGCGGAAGAAGAGAGCAGAGAAUGCUGAAUCCGAUAGCGAAGAUGAUUUAUAGGCCUCUCUCUCUCUCUGGCUAAUAAAAAGUCUCAGGGAGAAGAAUCAGAGAACUAUAAUUGAUUUCGCAAGA